UGGUUUGUGGUCUUAAUAAAAGCAGACGUCGUGAAGUCCACCAUUUUUCUGACGAUUCCCGUGUCCACGUAUUUAUAAAAGCGAACGUUUUUGCUGAGCACUGAUGUCGGUGGGCCUGGAGUCCGGGUUUUCUAGCGAGGAGCUGCUGAAUAUCCGCUUCCCUGUUCACCGCGCGUGCAGAGAUGGAGACGUGGGCGCGCUGUGCUCGCUCCUGCAGAGCCGCACAGAUCAGCUGGCUGUGGAGGACUCUUUCUACGGCUGGACUCCUCUACACUGGGCUGCACACUUCGGCAAGCUGGAGUGUGUCAUGCGUCUGGUGCAGGUGGGAUGUGGUGUGAACUCUGUGACCUCUCGGUUUGCCCAGACACCAGCUCAUAUUGCUGCCUUCGGGGGUCAUCCUCAGUGCUUGCUCUGGCUGCUGCAGGCUGGAGCUGAUAUAAACAGACAGGUAAGACUUCACUGUGAUAUGAGAUUAUAUAUAUAUGUUGGAGAACCCCCCCUCCACAAAGCGGCCCGUGCUGGCAGCAUUGACUGCAUUAACACGCUCCUGGUCCAGGGAGCCAAGGCAGACAUGAGGAACUCUAGUGGACUGACCGCCGCUGACCUAGCUCAUGCCCAGGGCUUUGAAGAGUGUGCCCAACUGCUUUCCAAUGCCCAGAACCAGCAGCUCAAUCAGCUUAAUGGGUUCUCAAACAAUGGCUCUGUGUGUUUUGGGGACCGCAAGCUUAUCCAAGAACGGAGCAUCCUUAAUGGGGUUCCCAGCCGAAAAAGGUCUCUUGAUUGCAUGGAGUCUAAUCUGAUUAAAAAGGCCAGAAAAGAUGAUCUCGGUUAUCAGCCGAUGAAUGGAGUAAAUGGAUCCAGCGGAGAAGUCCAGAUGGAGAACAUGAACAUGGAGUUUGGCCAAGCGCUGAGUACCCCAGGUGGGAACCAACCCUUAAAUGGAUCCCUGCCUCUGGGUUCCAAUGGCUACAUCAGUCCAGAGCAGGACCGGGCUGCAGUCCACAGAGAGUCAGAGAUCUUCACCGUGACCUCCAUGCAGAUACCAUGUCGUUGCACUAACUCCUAUGCUUAUUUGUUGGUGAUCAUAUUGGGAAUGUGGGUGUCUCCUCGCAUCUUGGUUACUUGCCUUCAUUUUGGGCAUCAUAAUGGCUUUGGAGAUAUGGCUGAGAACAUGGAGGUCGCCAGCAGUCAGAUAAAGCACCACAAGUCAAUCAGUGUAGAGGAGCAGUAUGACCACAUCACCUCCAACACCAUGAACCUCUACUAUGGGUGUUAG